CUGGAAUCUCUUUCUAAGGAGUCCUUGAUCGCCCUGGUUCUCCAACACCGAGCAUACAUCGAGCGCUUGGAAGAAUUGCUCCCAGCAUUGACCACGAAGCCGACCACAACAAAGCCGUCAUUCGAUGAUCCAAAAGGAUAUUUUCAGAUAUUUGGCCUCGAUCCCAGGACUCCAGAGAAUAUCGAUGAGAUCUUGACCCCCUAUUAUCGCGCCUUAGCAUUAAAAUGGCACCCGGACAAAAAUGGCGAUAACCCUGAAAAAACUCAGAAAUUUAAGAAGCUCCAGACCGCAUACGAGGUACUUUCAGAUCCUGAACGACGCAGUCGUUACUUGACUCUUGGUCGCUUUUAAAGUAGAGGAAGUUGAAAAACGAUGUUCUAUCAACUCAAUCUCCAUCGACUAGCGGACAACGCAACUUGGCCAACAAAGAGUAUAUUGGUUUGGUGUUUUUACAUUUUUCAACAGAAAAUUAGAUUAAUUUAAGAUUGAAGUUCCGUGUAUCAUAGAGUUACAGCGUAAUUCAACGUCAGUAUUCGCAUUCUAAUAUAUAACGUUCUCUUCGCUAAGC